AUGUAUUCUUAUAACUAUUACCAACUGGGAGACUACCUCAUUGCUGGAGUCAUACCCAUGAGGACAACUGUGUAUCCAACACAUAUUUUCAGAUCUGACCCUUCCCGAGACUUCUUCCCGUUAGUGGAAAGGAACUUCCAGCAUAUCUUUGCCAUCUUAAUGGCCAUAGAGGAGAUCAAUCAAAACCCUCUGCUGUUGCCCAAUAUUAGUCUUGGCUUCAAUAUCUAUGAAAAUUGUUUCAGCACAAGGAUAACCUAUGAAGCCACCAUAGAUUUACUUUCUCCUGGCCAUUGGAUGGUCCCUAAUUUCAAGUGUGGAAGGGAAGACAGCCUCCUGGCUGUGAUCCAAGGAGGGGACUUUGAAACCUUCUUUCAGAUGGCAACCAUGUUAAGCAUUUACAAGAUCCCCCAGCUCACUUAUGGCUUUGUUAACCACAUUCUGAAUGAUAAAAAUCAAUUCCCUUCCUCUUACUGGAUGAGCCCAAAGGAAACCCCACAGUACAUGGGGAUCAUUAAGCUGCUCCUGCAUUUUCAGUGGACUUGGAUUGGACUCAUUGCCCCCAAACAUGAUGGCGGAGAUUGGUUUAUGAGGACCAUUGAGACAAUGGUCUUUGGGAGUGGAAUCUGUGUAGCCUUCACGUUCAAGAUUCCACAAAUUCAUAUUGAAAAGAUUGAUCAUUUAUAUGAGGAUGCCUUACGUUUUGUUGCUCUCCUUACACACUGGACAGGCAACGUGCUCAUUUAUUAUGGGGAUCCUGACUCAAUGCUUCUGUUGCCCCAUAUGUUGCGCAACAUUGAAGAGGGCAACCAAGCCCCUCUGGGGAAUGUUUGGAUCUCCACAGCUUUGUGGGGUUUCACCUUAAGCACAACUUUUGGAUACUGGGACAUCAAACCUUUCCAUGGAGCAUUAACCUUCGUCAUCCAGACAAACCAAAGAUCCAAAUUCCAUGAACUUAUUUUGAUUGAAGAUGAAUAUUCCCUUGAAUCCAAUUGGUCAGAAAUAUUUGACUUCUGUGAUUCCAACUAUAGAUUCUCAAGGAAGACAUGGAAAAGGGGCCUUGUGAGAAGAAACUUGGCAGGCCUUGCCCCAGCUUGGCACGAGAAAGGAAUAUCUCCUGAGAGCUACAAUAUCUAUCUUGCAGUGUAUGCUGUGGCACAUGCCCUCCAGAUUAUCUUCACAUCCUUAUCUAGCCAUAUAGUCAUUCCAGGAGAAGACACGGUGGAUCUUCCAAACCUUCUACAACCAUGGCAGCUUCACCCUUUUUUGAAAACUGUCCACUUUAACACUAUCAUCGCAGAUGAGGUAUUUUUUGAUGAAGAUGGGGAGUUCGUGGCCAACUAUGACAUUGUGAACUUGGUUGUCUUUCCUAACAAGUCGGCUGUAAGGAAGACUGUGGGAAAACUAGAGACCCAGGUCUCUUCGGGGCUAGUGAUGAGCAUUCAGGAAGAGGCCAUUGUGUGGCCCAGCUGCUUUAAUCAGACAAGGCCUCGUUCUGUCUGUACCGAACGCUGCCAACCGGGAUACCACAAGGUGAUCCCCGAAGGACGCCAGGUGUGCUGCCAUGAUUGUGCCCCAUGCAGAGAAGGGACAAUUUCUACCCAAACAGAUACAGAUGAUUGUUAUGAGUGCUCUAAAGCUCAAUAUCCAAACAAUGGCAGAGAUCAAUGCAUCCCCAAGAUUAUGGUCUUCCUAGCCUAUGAAGAACCUCUGGGAAUCACUCUGAGUCUCUUCGCCCUGUGCUUAAGUCUAACUACAAUUCUUCUUUUGGGAAUCUUCAUUAAAUACCUAGACACACCAUUGGUAAAAGCCAACAACCGAAAACUCACCUACACCAUCCUUGUCUCCCUCCUGCUUUCCUUCUUGUCUUCCUUCCUCUUCAUUGGCCUUCCUCAGAAGGUGACUUGCCUUCUGCGCCAAACUGCCUUUAGCAUCAUCUUUUCUGUCGCUGUCUCUGCUAUGCUGGCGAAAACUCUGACUGUGGUGUUGGCAUUCAUGACUACAAAGCCAGGAAACAGGAUUAAGAAGUGGCUGGGGAAGAAUCUGGCAAUGGCCAUUGUAUUCUCUGGGUCCAUUAUUCAGUGUGGCAUCUGCUUGGCUUGGAUUGGAAUUUCUCCUCCCUUCCCAGAACUUGACACCGAUUCCCAGGUUGGACAGAUUGUACUGCAAUGUAACGAAGGGUCUGUCACUAUGUUUUAUAGUGCUCUUGCCUAUAUGGGCAUUCUGGCAGCCAUCUGUUUCACUGUGGCAUUCCUAGCCAGAGAAUUGCCAGGAGGUUUCAAUGAAGCCAAGCUGAUCACCUUCAGUAUGUUGGUCUUCUGCAGUGUUUGGGUGUCCUUCGUGCCAAGCUACUUGAGCACCAGGGGCAAAUACAUGGUAGCCGUGCAGGUCUUCUCCAUCUUGACUUCCAGUGCUGGGCUAGUGGGUUGCAUCUUCCUUCCCAAGUGCUACAUAAUUGUAUUUCAGCCCCAUCUCAAUACCAAGGAACACCUAAUGAUGAAAAGAAUGAAGUAA